AUGGACCAACGACAAUCGACAGAAGAGCUAGGAAUUUCGUGUAUUGAAGCGAGUUCCAAAUUAAUUGAUGACAUUAAACAAAUUUAUGAAAACCUUACUGUAUGUAAAAAAAUUUUGGACCCAUUUCUUUCAUCAAUCGAAAGAAUGAAAAUUUUACAGCAAAUGAAGUAUGAAAUUGGAUUAUACUUUUCACGGUACCAAGAACCUUUUUUUAAAUAUAAAGAUUUUUUAGAGAAGAUUAAGAAGUCUAUAAGUGAUUUAGUGGCUGUAGAAAAGGAUUGUAAACGUUGGGAAAAUAUAUUUUAUAAAAUUAUACACGCUCCAGAUAUAAAAAGAAAUAUAAUAAGAAAACUUGAGCCGUUAAUUCAGCUGGUUGAAAAGUAUAAAGAUUGUGAAGAACAAUUGAAAUCAACAAUGCUUUUAAUUAAGCAAAAAAGGCAUAAUGAUAUCUUGAACGAGAUUGCUAAGAAUUUGAAAGAAAUUCGACUUGAUGAUGUUGAUAAUAAAAAUGUAAUUGAAAAAAUUCAUGAUUUAAUUCAGAAACAACUUAAUCCAUCUAAUCAAUUCCCAGAUAUCAAACAAGACCUAUUGAGUGAUCCCCCUCAUAGAAAUAGUCCAAAUAGUCAUAUACUAACAAAUAUAUCCGAUUUAAAAUUAAAUCAUGGCUUGAUUAUCAACCCGAAAAAAAUACAAGCUUCGGAUUUUUCAGCGUGUAUCCUUAAAACUCAACCAGAAAUCAUCGAAUUGCGGGAUCGAAAAUUUCAACCCAAGUUAGUGCUUUCAUCAAAAUAUAAAGAUUCUUUUUUAUUAGAAAAUCAUAUUGAUCCAUCUGCGAUUAAUGUGAAAUACCUUGAUUGGAUGAAUGAUGCAAAUCCUCUAAAAAAUGAAUCCGCCGUAAAAGAUGUGUAUUUAGAAAUACAAAACUCACGGGUUGAAUUGGUUUUCAGAAAAGAAUCAAUAAAACCAUCUGAAAAAUUAAUCAAGGAUAUUAAAGUUGCAUUAAAUCAUCAGGAUCCUUACCGGGAGUUGAUGAAAGUAUUUAAAACUUACGGGUAUUUUUUGCCUGAGAAAGUUAUACUUGGACAUAAGUUAUAUGUAAUGUCACAUUUAAUCACAGAUGGAAAUUCAUCCGAGUUAAAUAUUAAGAAUGAUGAAUGGACACUAGAUGAUUUUUCGUCGGCAAAAUAUAAUGAAUUUCUUAACGAAUGGGAAAGUCACAUAAAGACAAAGUCGUUCAACUUUGAUUCAUCUUAUUUAGUUUCAAUUGAUGGCGAUAUAAUUAUGAGGAGUGAUAUUAAACGAUGGGUAAAUAAUUGUUCUGACGAAAUGAACAGUUCAUUAAACGUUAUCAGCUGGAAAAGUUUAUAUCCGCUCUAUGAAAUAUUAGAAGAGUCACUUUGUCAAGAAAUUAAAUUAAUUCUUGGAAAUGAUGAUCAGACAAUUAAUUCUGAAAUUAAAGCAAAGGUUCUCAUGGCUGGUGUAAUUUCAAUUAAAGACUCAAUAACAUACUAUCGAAUAAACUUUUCUCAUCAUCUUGAAUCAAAAAAUUAUCAACUUUUUGGAAAACUUAUGACACAAAGUGGCGUCCCAAUUGAUGAUUUUGUAGUUAAAUUUACAUCUAUGAAUAUAUAUGGAUUUUCAGUUACAAUUGAAAAUUUUGACACUAACGCUAAUAUUGAAAAGAACUUGAACAAUUCACAAAUAACUUGGAUAUUGAUUGGCAUACCAUCGGAAGUUGGCAUUUAUAGUUCGGAUACACGAAAUUUCUCCCUUUUAUGCUUAGGCAGUCACACAUUUACUCCGGAAACAGACAGCGAAAUUUACAGAGACGUUCCAUUAUUAGAAGUUCCCAAAGACUUACAAUCAGAUGCAAUUUUUAUUACAUCAUUUGUAUAUCCUCAAGAUCCUCAAGUGAACUAUGAGCCAUGUUUUAUGACUAGAAUUAAAAAUUAUAAUGAAAAAGGAAUUGAAGUUAUUAUCGAUAUUAAGGAGGAUAAAAUAAUGGAUAUUGAAGAUGAAUCUAUUAAUGCGGAAACUAAUGAGGAAACUAUUAUUAAUAAUAAUAGUAAACUUUUUAGUGAUGAUGACUAUAACGAUGAAAAAGGAAUUGAAACUAUUACCUAUAUUAAGGAGAAUAAAAUAAUGGAUAUUGAUGAUGAUGAUGACUAUAGCGAUGAAACUUCCAAUGAAAGUAUAGAAUUAGAAUAUUCAUUUCAAUGGUGCAUUCUUCAUUUAAAAGAUAAGACUGAGAGUGAUAACAAUAGUGCUAAUUCGAUUGUGCCAAUUAGUCAUUUAAAAGCAUUAGGACGAAGUGUGGGCAUGAAAAGUUCACAAUCACGCUUAGGAAAUAUUACUAAAUUAGACUUAAGUUACAAUAAGCUUGAUUCUGAACCAGAAAUGGUAGUAAAUAUCUUAAAAAGUGAUAUUCAUGUUAAUCACCUUGAUUUAAGCCAUAAUAAGUUUAUUAGUAAAGCAGGAAUGGCGUUACAAAAGGCUUUAAAAAAUAAUACAACUCUUUCAAACUUAAAUUUAAGUAAUACUAAUAUUGAUUCUUGCGUCGGAGAAGCUUUAGUAGAUGUUCUAAAAAAUAAUAAAGUCCUUGUUAAUUUGAAUUUAAGUUACAAUAAUCUUGAAAAUAAGGUGAUAGAGGAAUUGGCUAAAGUCCUAGAAUUAAACAGUAGUAAAAUUGCCCAUUUGAACUUAAGUUCUGUUAAUCUUGAAUUUCGAGGAGAAAUAGCUUUAGCGGAAGCAUUAAAAUCAAAUAAGACUCUUGUUAGUUUAAACUUGAGUUCAAACAAAAUUGGAUCUUUUGUCGAAACAAGUUUAACCAACUACCUGGAUACAAAAACAACUUUUUCAAAGUUAAACUAUAAACAAGAUGUAAUUAGUUGUGUAACAGCAAAGCAUUUGGAAUCAGCUUUAAAAGAGAACAAAACCCUGAUUGACUUAGACAUUAGUUCAAAUAGUAUUAGUUCAGAGGCGGGAAAGGUUUUAGUUGGUGCUUUAAAGCAAAACAGAACUCUACGUAGUUUGAAUUUAAAGAAUAAUAAUAUCGGUUCCGAAGCAGGAGAAGCAUUAGCAGAAAUUUUAAUAAAUACAAAUCAAACUCUUACCAGCGUGAAUUUAGGAUUAACUUGCAUUGGAUCUAAAACGGUAAAAUCUUUGGUGAAAGGAUUCAAUAAAGUUUGCCUUCUUAAUUUAGAUCUGAGUUAUAAUAAUAUUAAUCCUGAAGAAAGUAAGGCUUUACUUGAAGCUCUAGAAACUAAUACGACUCUUAAAUGUUUAAAUUUAAGUCACAAUUGUAUGAAUUUAGAAUGCGGAAAAAAGUUAGCAAAAUCUUUAAAAAUAAAUAAAACUCUUGUCAACCUAAAAUUAAUCCAUUGUAAUAUUAGCUUUGAAGUGGUAAAAAUUUUGGAAGAGACUUUAAAGCAAAAUAAGACUUUGACUCACUUAGAUUUAAGUAACAAUAACAUCAGUUUUGAUGCAGAGUUAAUAUUGGCAAAAAUUUUAGAAUUCAAUCAUGCCCUUACUAACUUAAAUCUGAGUCAUAAUGAAUUUAAUGUAGAAGCGGGAGAAGCUCUGGCGAGAGCUUUAGAAAAAAAUAAUACUCUUACACAUUUAGGCUUAAAAUCAACUAUAAUUGAACCUAAAACUGGAAAAGCUUUGGUUAAGGCUUUAGAGAUUAACAAAACACUUAUUGAAUUAGAUUUAAGCGACAAUAACCUAGAUUCUGAAGUAGGAAAGUUUUUAGCUGAAUCUUUGAAAGCUAACAAUUCUCUUAAAAGAGUGGACAUAAGCUCUAGCAUUAAUAAAUUUGAUUUGAGAGUAAUGGAAAGUUUAGUAAAACUUUCAAAAUCUAAGAUUUUGAGCUUAAAUAUAAAAUUUAGAGAUUUUUGA